AUGAGUGAUGUCAUCUUUGUAGAGCCCUAUUCCUCUUUUCAUCCUUCUGAAGAUGAAACGUAUUUUCCAUCUUAUUACAGGGCUAAUACCAUAAUUACCCCUACUACUAAAACCAUACCAGCAAGAGGAGAGAAUCCAUAUACUCAUAUUGCCUUAUAUGAGUGGAUCCGUAAUUUUGUAGAAAAUGGAUGGAGAAAACACUAUCAUGUGAUCCAUUCCAUACAUGAGAUGCUGGAGUUGGAAACAAUUCUACGCGAGUUCAUUACUCUUGAUGAGAGUCAAAUCCGCAUGAAUUGCAUUACAAGAGAUUUCAUUGCAUUUAGACAGUUUGAUCAGCAACAGCGAGAGUCUCAUCUCAUCAUGAUGGAAGAGUUAUCAAAGUAUAGACUACAACGUCUUCUUCACUUGGAACAGCGUAUGUCUAAUAAUAAUAAUAAUAAUAAUAAUAAUAAUAAUAAUAAUAAUAAUAAUAAUAACAAUAAUAAUAAUAAUAUGAGCAAUAAUAAUGCUGGUGAUAGAAGUACCAAUUUCAGUAAAUUCCCCGGUAGGGAUUCCAUUGCGAAUUCACGACAAGAUAGUUUUGUAGACGAUCCCACACCCAGUCGUGAGGACGAUGGCCCUCACACCACUCAAAUGGGCGGGAAUAAUUCCGCUGGGGGAUCUCCACUGCAGGAGGACGGCCCGCCGCCGUGGAGUAGUGAGGCGGGAUUUGCCGAUCGGCCCUUUCAAGAUGUGGCCCGGCACUUCAAAAUGUUGGAAAGUGAAUUCACCGCCAUUGGCGAUCACCUCCGGCAGAUCUCAACACAUGUGCUGCAACUCAACGAUAUUGCCGAGCGGGUGAGGAGCAACGCCUCUAGUCAUGGGCUCUAA